GAGCGUAUACGUGAACUGAAGGAUGCCAUUAAAGCGGAGGAUAAGGAGGAGGAAAAAAUGAUUGCAUAUAUAAAAAAUCGUGCCGAUGCCUAUGUCAUGUUGCGCUUUUCAUUGUGGAACUUGAAUGAGAUUCUUCGACAUGUCGAUCGCACCGAUAAACUAUCGCGUAUGAAAUAUCCAAAUUCAUAUUUACGCUUGCCUUUGCUGAAAUUUGAGAUGUUGACGAUGCGCGCAGUCGCACCAGAACCGUAUGAGGAGAACAUUGACACUAUUAUGCAUACGGUUAUCCGUAAGGUCCACAAAUUAAUGAGCGCCUACAAGGAGGAGGUGCCAGCUGACGCAUUGAAGCAGUUUGUUAAUAACUAUCAGGAUAUAUUCCUCGAAAACAUGGAAAUUGAAGAUAUUGGCGAUAGUGCAGAAGUGCAGGAACACGACGACGAUGAAGAAGAUAUGCUACAGGAAUCCAAACCAUUGCAUAAUGUACUGAAUCGCAAACAGAUUAAAGCGCAAAGUGCCAAAUUGGUCGAAGAGCUGUCGAAGAAGGAAGAUUAGUCGAGUGUGAGCGUAUGUGCGCUAAAUAAAUUU